CAGCAAUUGGUUGGUGCGUCAGUUCAGACAUACUUACUGGAGAAAACACGGGUGGCAUAUCAGGCCCCUAGUGAAAGAAACUUUCAUAUAUUCUAUCAGAUUAUGAAAUGUGCCAGUGAAGAAGAGAGGCUUGUAUGGGAUAUGCCUAAGGAUUCACAUUUUUUCUGGCUGCCAAAUGCUGACGUAUCUUUGGAAGAGGACAGCUUUGAUCUCACCAAGGAUGCAAUGCUUCACUUGGGCAUUAACCAUGAUGUUCAGAACCAGAUUUUCAGGAUACUAGCAGGUCUCCUUCACCUUGGCAAUUUGCAAUUCGUGGAUCCAGUGAAUGAGUGUCAUCCGUGUAAACCAUGUCAGGAAAACAAAGAUUUUCUUCGUUCAGCUUCGUGUCUGUUGAUGGUGUCCCAGGAGGAACUUGUUGAGCAGCUCCAGUUCAGGACAAUUACAGCUGGACGGCAACAGCAUGUUUUCAUGAAGCCGUGCUCUAAAGCAGAGUGUGGGACACGGAAAGACUGCCUAGCCAAAGUUAUUUAUGCCAGGUUAUUUGACUGGUUAAUGCAGCUCAUAAACAGAAGUAUCUGCACAGCACCUUCAAACUGGACCAACUUUAUAGGCUUAUUAGAUGUGUAUGGCUUUGAAUCAUUUCCUGUCAAUAAUCUGGAGCAGCUCUGUAUCAACUAUGCAAAUGAAAAGCUACAGCAGCACUUUGUGGCACAUUAUCUCAGAGCACAACAGGAGGAGUAUGUGGAUGAAGGACUUGCAUGGUCUUUUGUCAGUUACCAGGACAAUCGCAGCUGUUUGGAUCUGAUUGAAGGAGGCCCUAUCAGCAUCUUCUCCUUAUUAAAUGAGGAAUGCCGCCUUAAUAGAGCUUCUGAUGCCACUCAGUUACAAAUUCGGAUAGAGAAUGCUCUGUCUGUUAACCCAUGCAUUGGAAUGGACAAAUUUAAUAAGAUUCCAAACUUUAUUGUAUCACACUAUGCAGGCCAAGUGAGCUAUCAUCUGGUUAACAUGGUAGAAAAAAAUAAGGAUCCUGUUCCACCAGAACUGAUUGGAGUGCUGCAGAAAUCUCAGGAUUCUCUGAUACAGCAACUGUUCCCUUUUGUGCAGGAAGAUUUGAGCAAUGGUAGAGCCCACAACAGAAAUACAGUGGUGACAGUUGUUUCCAAGUUUAAGGUUUCUUUGGAGAACCUCAUGCAGAUUUUAAAUGGCACUAGUCCUCACUAUAUCAGGUGCAUCAAACCCAACAUGGAUUGCAAACCAAUGACACUAAGGAAGGACGAGGUUCUCAGGCAGUUGGAAGCUUGUGGCAUUGUAGAAACUAUCCACAUCAGUGCAGCUGGAUUCCCUAUCAGGAUUUCUUAUGAUAAUUUCAUUGAGCGAUAUGGUAUUAUUGGAAUCUCCAGACAGUCCUAUUUUGGAACUUUGACCAUGUGUGGUGGUCCCUCUGCCAAAAGAAGAAAAGGUCUGGACAAUCUAAGCAGUGACUUGGAAGCUCAGUGUUUCAUUACGAAUGAUAUACUUGAAGCUAUAUCACCAUGGACAAAUCUGAUUUCUUCUUACUAUGAUCCUGCCGAGACCCAAUCAAGUGGUUGUUUAGUACACUGUGGCAAAACAAAAAUAUUUACAACACAUUCAGUGUUGGAGUUCCUUGAGUCUGUCAGGAGGAGGAGAUUUACUCGGGCAGCAUAUGCUAUUCAGUAUUGCUGGAAGAGGUACAAAAGCCAAAAGCUAAAAAAGCAAAGCAAUGCUGCUGUGAUCAUCCAAGCAGCUUUCCGAUCAUGGGUAACAAGAAAACAUAUUCUAAGGAUGCAUAUUGCUGCUGCAGUCCUACAGAAAGCCUGGAAAAAAUGGAGAGCUAAGAUGGAUACUUUGGCAGCAGCAGAGCUGGAUGACACAGAGGGUGACUCAGAAUGUCAAACAUCUAUAUUGCAUUCUCCCAUUCAAUCAAAUACAAGUUCCCCCAUGACGUUUUGCAGCCCACCUUCUUGCAAAUCCCUUCUGAGGCUUCAAGUCCCUGAAUAUACCAGACUGAAGUCUUGGCCCAUCGGGCUUAUUUUCUCCUUUACUCCAAACAUAAAACUGUCUUUAGAGGUUAAUGGAUUUCUGAAAGUCUUGUCACUGCUGGCUUGUUUUGAUGCACUUGGUCAGAAUCUGGGCUACAGAGUUCACACCAAUCAGCUGAACACGGGGAUUGUAUCCAUUCGCGCUCUUCCACAGGGGUUAGUCAAGUUUCGCUGCAAACGAUCACCAUUACUUUAUGCAAGUACUUUCCCACUGCAGCAAACGGAGAUUACAGGCUUCAAUCAGAUUUUACUGGAGAAAAUCUAAAUUGUACAUUUUUGUGAAGAUGUGGAUUCUGGUCCUGUACUACUUAAAGCACUUUAUUGUUCUUGUCAGGAUGUGUGUCUAGUUGUCUGUAUACAUGUUUGAAAUGUACACUACAGUAUUUAUCAUGUUGAAUUAUGUUCAUUGUUAUACUUCACCCUUGAUUCAGAACUUUGGAUAGCCUAAGUGUUCUUGCACAAGUGUUGUCUUACAGUGACAAAAUGUUGCUUUUUAAUUGUGUUUUAUGUAAAGAUGCAGAACUUUAGCUAUGUGCAGUGUACAUCGUUACAUUUCAUUCACACAAUGCUGGACUUUCUGAGGUACUUUAAGCCUAUACACCAAAGAAGUAGAGCAGAGAAAGGAAUAAGAAAUUGAAGUCUUUUCCUUGGACUGCAUUUUCCUUAUAAUACAGAAAGCUAAUCACAACUGGAGCUUAAUUUAUGGCGGACAUAUCUGAUGAUAUUGCACUGUUUGAUAUAGUACACUUAUAAAAAACACUUAACUGUUCCUCAGAAGGACAGCCUAUCAAUUUAGGCUGCUUCAUAUUCUUUUGAUGAUGUCUGCCAAAUUUCUAAUGUAAACUGCCUAGCAAUGCUAAUUUAAGAUUUCUCUUUAAAAAGUGAAUAUUGCUGAAGUUAUUUGCACUUUGAAUUUUAAUACUGUGCCUUAUAAUUUGUUUUUAAUUGAUAUAUUUGUGUGUUCAGUACUUCUAUAAAAACCUUGU